AUUUCGUAAUUUCGGUAUUUUUAUAUCAUUGGUCACAUUGUCUACAACAGGGUGACCAUUAGUUGUACUUUAUAUAUGCAUAGUUUUUACUUGCAGUGAAUAAAAGUACCAAGAGGUUUUAUAUAAGCGCCCCGGAUAAAAGGAAAUUAAAACAUUUAAGUAUGGCGCAACGUAAUCAUCGUGUAGAUCGUUUUGCGCAAAUGAGCAAACAGGAGGAAAUAAUUGCCAAAAAACGCCAGGAAAUACUUGAGAAACAGCGUACGGCGCAGCUGGCGAAGGCCGUAGCUGCUGCUCAAACUUUGGCUGCACAGUUAAAAACCAUUGAGUCGGCAACGCCGACGCCGGUAGAGGAAUCGGAAGAUCUGGAGCAAGAGGAAGAGCAUGAGCCACCGCCGCAGCUGUUAUCCGCAACAACAGCGCUAUCUGAUGAUGGAAACGCGUUGGAAAUGGAUAACGGAGAUCAGGCGGGGCCAGUUGCUAGGGCUAAGUGCGAUGAUGGUACGGCCAAAACGCUAAAUAGUUUUACUGGAAAAACGGGAAAAAUUACGUUUAGUCUUAAGCGUCAACAGCUGCCACAACCCAGCGUUGAGCAGCCGCCACCUAAAGUGAAAAAUACAUUUUGUAAUGAUGGUUCCUUUUUGGAGAACUUUAAGAAAAUCCUUGAGAAGCAUGAUCAACCCAAGCAGCCUGUUAUGGUCGCUCCUAUUACAAUGCCGAGUGAGGAUAAUAAUAUGGGUGACACUCACAACACCGAGAAUAAUAGUUCGCAACAGUCAGUAGACCUGGCGCCUAGUACAAUUGCAACGAGUACAGCAGCUGUGAUAGCUACUUCUAUGGCUAAUAGCAUGACAGUAGCUGGCACAGGACACAAUCAUUUAGCAUUUAGCAUGCCAGGGACGGCCACAACGAUGCCGCAGGCUGUGCAGCCACCACCACCACCGCCCUUUGCAUUCAAUCCUACGAUUUUGGCCCAGGGACCGCCUCAAAUGACGAUGCCAGCUUUUUUCCAUGGACACCAUCAUUUGCCUAUGCAGUUGCAUCCAGCUACUGUGGCCCCACCGCCGCCGCCACCACCGCCACAGCUUCCGCUUGCGUUGGCUAAUUUGACGCCAAUCUAUAUGCAAUUGGGACCAACACAGAUGCCGUCCGAAGCAGCGAUGCAUCAAUUGAAUGCCAUACCGGCUCCCAAAGACUUUGAUUUGAAUGCCAUACCAAAGCCACAGAUUAAUCUCGAGGCGAUACAGAUGCCUAAUGUCACCCAGGUGGAUCAGCUUGGUUUACUGCCAGAGCACGUAACGGUUAACCCACCACCACCGCCUCCGCCGCCCAUGCAGCCAAAGGAACAAGCAUUGCAGCAGCCGCAACCAGAACAGCAGGAGCAACAUGUGCACCAGCAACAACUACAACAACAGCAAAUGCAGCAGCCAUUAUCGCCACCUUCCCAAGUUUUUUCAGAAACAUGCAUACAAUUGCCAACGUGCAUAGAAAACCUUAUCGCACUGGUCGCCGAAAAUGGUGAAGAUUACGAAGAUAAAAUACGUUUGCAUAGAAGCGAAUUGCAUCCGGCAUUGUGGUUUCUUUAUGAUAAGAACUCCGAACAAUAUCGAAGCUAUCGCGCACAACUGCUCGACUACGAACGCCAGCGCUGCGAGCGAGAGCGGGAGCGGGCAGAGCAGCAGCUAAGCAAGGCUCACCAGCAGCAGCUACAGCAACAAAAGCAAGAUCAGCGACAGCAGGAGGAACACAACAGCAAUUCGGCAGCAGAUAAAUAUGAUCCGGAAUCUGCUAUUAGUGCCGACUUUGAUUCCGAUGAUGAGUAUAUGCGUGGCAUGAUGGAUCGCAAUCGCGACAAUAUCAAGCGUCGCAUCGAGUGCCGCAACGAGCUGAGUGAUGAGGAGCGAAGGGAGCGAGAAGAGAAAGCGGCAAUGGCAACAGGAGGUGACCUGAUUGAUUUGGAUCAGGACGAUAGAGAGGCGCAGCGACAGCGCCGCAAGCGAGAGCGCAAAAGUCGCUGGGGCGAAAAGGAAUUGUUGCCUACAGGCUCAGGUAUACCCACAAGCUUUGGGAACCAGAACAAGCCCAUGCUCAGCACUGUCACGCGUAAUGAUCCGGCAUUGCUGCAGUACGCUCGACUUAACUAUGGCUCCGCUCAGUUGUCGGAGGACCAGUGGAAGCAAUGCGAAGAGCACUACAAAGUCAACUUGUUAUACCAGGAUAUGAUGCGAAAACGACAGGAGAUCGAUCGGCUGGCACGAGGCGGUAAGUUCAAAUAUGAAUACGACUCUGAUGAGGAUAUCGAAGGCGGCACCUGGGAGCACAAGUUGCGCACAGCUGAAAUGGAAGCCACUCAUUUGUGGGCCAAUGCACUUACCAAGCAAAGCGAGGGCAAACAUCACAUUGGUGAUUUUCUGCCACCCGAGGAGCUAAAGAAGUUCAUGGAACAGUACGAAGCAAAGAAAAAUAAUAGACAGCCUGACUUAAGUGAUUACAAGGAGUACAAACUAAAAGAAGACAACAUUGGCUUCCAAAUGCUCCAAAAGCUUGGCUGGAAGGAGGGCCAAGGCUUAGGCCAAGAUGGUGCCGGCAUUGUAGAUCCAGUUAACAAAGCGCCACAGCGUGACGGCAACCAGGGUCUGGGCGUUGGCAAUGUCGCACAGCCUGAAGAUUGUGACAAUGAGUAUGAUGCCUACCGCAAGCGUAUGAUGUUGGCAUAUCGUUUCCGGCCCAAUCCAUUGAAUAAUCCACGACGUGCCUAUUACUAGCCACUCCGCAUAUAAGCAAUAACUGAUGCUUUAUAUUGAUUAAGAUUCACGUUCUCAGCCCAUUUAUAUUCUAUCACAUACAAACAUAGAGCGAUUAUAAAGUUAAUAUUUAUAUAAGUAGUAUGUUACUGCUGACCACAAUGAAUAUUUGCUGAAGUUCUUCUUCUGGAUUAGAUA